AUGGACGUGCUCGCCAUCGACGAACUUCUUCGACACAUAUUCCAAUAUUGCGAUCGGCGCGACAAUCUCAAUAACGCGCUUGUGUCGAAGAAAUGGUCUGAGGAAGCUCUGAGUGCUCUCUGGAAACAUCUGGACGCGAUGUAUCCCUUGUUGAGCCUGUUGGCUCCGUUGGUGAAGUCAAAGGAUAACAGCUCGCUACGUGAAUUCGAGCGCCCCCUUUGGUCCUACGAUUGGACCAUCUUUCGCAAAUACUCCUGGCGCGUGUACACCAUAGUUUAUUCCUCGAUCGGUAGUGAACUAUACUCCCACUCCGUUUUCACCGAAAUCGCGUUGAGCAAACCUCAGGGCGACCUUAUCCCCAACUUACGCAACCUCGCUUGUACCCCCUAUAGCCUAUGCGAUUUCAUACCGCUCCUUCUCAACCGACGUCUCGUCGAUCUGACCAUUGGAGGCACCACUGGGAAGAGCCUGCCAAAAGUAAAAUCGCUUCUGUCUUAUCUCCCCGACAGAUCCCCAAUGCUCAGCCGCCUCAAGCUCCAAAUCUUUGAUUAUGAAUAUACAGAGAUAGGUUUAGAUGUGUUUCUGAGUCCCCUCUCUCGGUUGAACGAGCUUGAAAUCGGACCCGCAACACUGACCCCAUGCGUCAUCCGCGCUCUUGCUUGCCUGCCGAGCCUGGAGCACAUCCGAUCCACCCAUCAGUGGGAUACCCGUACCCCAAACCGACUCCCGCAUCCCCCCGUUGACACCAGCGAACGAUUUACGUCCCUCAGACUGCUCGAAAUAUCCACGGACAACGUCCCAUUGUUCCUAGAACCAUACAAACUCAACGCGCUACGCAAACUCGUGCUUCAGCCGCACACUCAGCAGACCCGAGAACAGCACUUGCGCUUCUUCGAGGUCAUAAGCGCGUGCUGCCCACAGCUCGAGAUUCUGCAACUGGAAAAGUGGAGGAAUGGUUCUGAACGCCCCUCGAAGCUAGCGCCGGCUGCAUGGGAGACAUUUGCGCCCCUCCGCCACCUCACCCGCUUGACGGAGCUCUGCCUCAUUGAUCUACCAAUGACCACGCCAGGCUUGCUUUACCUCGCCGAGAACCUUCCCUCUUUGAAGCACCUCGAUCUUCGGCGGUCGACCACCACCGACGGUACCCCUGCCUUCCCUAUCUCUGUCUUACCACAGCUAGCUGUGAUACGCCCGCAGUUGACAUUUUUAUGCCUCUGUUUGGAUACAUCCCUUUCUGCGUUGGCAAUGACCUUCGACAACGCACGUUUCAGGUGCUUGGCUGAACUCAACGUUGGGCCAUCCUGCCUCGACUCCUCGCCUUUGGAAGUAGCGACGUACCUGAGAGGGAUCCUUCCAGAGGAAUGCCGGCUUACCCGACUUUGGGAUGGCUGGAGCGGCGCUGGGGAAGAACGCUGGAACAGCUGGGAGCCUGUUAUCGAAAUGCUUCCCGCGUUGCUGCUCAACCAGGGGACCUCGCAGGAGACCAACCCUGCGUUGUAA